AUGGGGGGGUCACCCUGGAUUUCCUAUGGUGCCGCUGAAGUGGUGUCCAGAAAAAGGAGCUUCUUCACAGUCCUACCUCUGGCUUUAUUGUUGCCGACAGUGAGAGUCACUGCACAGUCAACAGGAGGCUCCCCGGUCUGCCAGAAGACUUGUGUAUGCGCCAGCAAUAUUGUGAGCUGUUCCAAGAUGAAUCUAACCAACGUCCCCAUCGCUCUUCCAGACUAUACAGCUGUUCUGGACCUCAGCUUCAACGCCAUCACCAGGCUACGUGCUGAAUGGACCCCCGUCCCGCUCAGCAGACUACACAGUCUGAUGCUCAGCAACAACGGCCUCACCUUCCUCUCCUCUGAGGCAUUUGUGUAUGUGACAAAGCUGCAUUACCUGGACCUUUCCUCUAAUGGUCUCCGACUGCUGGAUGAGUUCAUUUUUGAGCCACUGGAGCACCUGGAGGUGCUGCUUCUUUUUAACAACCGCAUCUCUCAGAUAGACCGCUCUGCCUUCUCUAGCCUCGUACACCUGCAGCGGCUUUACCUGAGCCAGAACAUGAUCACACGCUUCCCCUUGGAGCUGGUGAAGGAGCGAAGCCGGCUGGAAACUCUCAAACUGCUGGAUGUGUCCUCCAACCGGAUCAAAUCCUUGCCCCUCCAUGAGCUGCAGGCUCUACCCGCCUGGAUCAAGAAUGGCCUGUACUUCCACAACAACUUGCUGCCCUGCAGCUGUGAGGUGCAUGAAUUGGUGGCACGCUGGCACCUCAAGGAGCUCAGCUCUGUCAUGGAUUUCAAGGACAGCCACACUUGUGUGGUACCAGGCCAGCAGAAAGAGAGGAUGGCCAUACUGGAUCUGGACAAGACCUAUUUGAACUGCAGUGAGGUCAGAAUUGUGGACAAAGAAGCGUAUCUGGGGCAGUUUCUGGUCCUGGACUGUGACACCAAGGAGAGAGACAUGACGAGGAGUUGGGAGCUGCCUGAAAACACCUCAGUGUCUCAAGCAGACAGGACUGCUGUGGUGCGUCCUGGCGACAGCCUCCAGAUUGGGCCCCUGAAGGCAGAGGACUCAGGGGUCUACACUUGCUAUGCUACUAGUGACACCCUCAAUGAGACUCUGUACAUAACUGUAACAGUGUUUAAUACCACCAAGAGCGGUGGCCUGGAGAACCUAAAAACAGCCUACACCACCCUCAUAGCAUGUCUGGUCAGUGUUGUUAUGAUUCUUGUCUACCUCUAUCUCACACCCUGCCACUGCGCCUGCUGUCCAGGUCAGGGCCUGAAGAAAAGCGACCCCGGGGACAGCCUCCACUCUUCAACUGUUAGCAUCUCUCAGACACACGAAGAGACGGGGCAAGAAGAAGUGGAAGGGGGAGGCUUCGCCUACAGACAUGUGGCCUUCCUGCAACCCAAGGACCAGCUGGAGCAGAACGGGAGGUUGAACCCUAUAGGCGAGGAAGACGAGGAGUGGCAGGGGGACAACAAGGAGAGAAGGAGGUCUGACGCAGAGUCUGUCAGCUCCAUGUGCUCGGACACCCCCAUGGUGGUGUAAAAGGCAGAGGCACAGCCUGCAGCGACGGCUCGGCUCAUGUGGCUGCUCCACAGAGAUUUAGAUCCUUUGAAUGGUGCAAGAUUCAAAAGUCAAAGCUUUAGGUUGCUCUCACAGCUGUUGGCACCGUUACAGUAGCAUGUACUGCUGACAAUAUAACAUGAGAGCAAAGUCUUGAUAAAAACAAUUUUAA